UCCGGUGGUCUGCCUGCCGCCGCCGCGCUUCCUUCUCUGCAUCCGGCAUACGUUCCCUAAAAAGCCAUCCAGGGUAAAUAUACAGAAACUCGUAAUGGGAGAGCCCAGCGACGGAGCUUCAUCGGCACCGGCUAGAGCUUUCGUGCUUCCCAUAGAUCUUGUUCAUGCUCCUCCGCCACAAGAAUGGAGGCCGGUUGUCAAGGUUGCAGAAUACAUACCCAAGGUUCCAGGCGAGCCAAAGAGAACAUUAUGGCGACUAAAUAGUUCAAAUAUCCGAAAGUACCAGGGUAUUAAGGCACCCUCGAUUGGUCUGCUCAACUCCGGUGUAGACUCCUCUAGCCCCCUCUCGGAUCUUGUUCAAGCUCCUCCACCAGAGGAGUGGAGGCCAGUCGUCAAGGUUGCGGAAUACAUGCCCAAGGUUCUAGGCGAGGCAAAACGAACAUUAUGGAGAGCAAAUAGUUCAAAUAUGUACAAAUAUCAGGGGUUUUCGUGGCCAAGGGUUGUUGGUCUCAAGGCACAUAAGGCUAAGAGGAUCAUCAGGAAAGGCAAACCGGAACUCCACUUCGAAGUCCUUCCAGAAAAUGCAAUGCGAGACUGCGUUAGUAGGAAUUUCCGUGUCACGCUAAUAGUGGACAAACACAAUCGUGUCGUAGAAACUCCCCGUGUUUGUUAACUAACCAGAGGGGGUUUAAUUGGCAUGUUGGAUAUACUACUAUCCAGCAACUUGUGCUUGAUUUACAGUCCUUUUUCUUGCCAUGUAGUUAGGACAAAUUAUUAAGAUGCUUGAACCAGGAAUGUUUAACAUCUACUACCUCUGUACAUUAAUAUAAGAGAAUUUUGCAGUUUUAA